UUGGACGUGUAUGCACUGUGGCUGUGGGAAGUAAGCUUCUGAUAUAUGUGGGAACAAGAGCAAGGGUAGAUAGCAAUACGUUCCCCGGGUUCAUUACCGAGUGCUUUGUCUGCAGCACUUCAACAGUUGCAGGUGGGAAUGGCGAUCGCGUUCUCUUUACUAGCAUGGCCCGGACAACGGCGUUAACAUCAAUAUGUCACCAGCCCGCGUAAUGAGCAUGGGCAAGGUUUUGAGGGUCAAGAGAUUGGUAAGGCCAGCCGUACCGAGUAAACCACUGUCUAUGGGCGAUGUUCCAAUUGAGGACAGUCUCAGCGGCGGUAUUGUCAUUGCGGCGCCACGCACGGUCACGAACACUGGUCUCUCUAGCGAGGUUGGCAAGCAUGAGCUCUCCAACAUGCUGCUUAAAAGUGGCGGCGGUGCGAAAGUAGCUCUUGGUAGGGCAACCUACGACUCCCUUCGGACGACAGCCACCUCUGUUGACGUACCACCACACGCUGUGACCGCGAGGAAGGUCACCAACGAAUCUUACAUUGCCAAACUGGGCUUCCAUCUGAGUGUCGUUGUUGAAGGCCUGCACCAGUGUCUCCAGGUACCUGCGGUGCUCAGCGUCUUGAUUGGUGAGCUGGGUACGGCCGGUGGGGUCAGAGGGGCCGUUGCCAUUACCAUCGCUGAGCAGGGUGCUGAGGUCAAGGUCACCAUUUGCAGCGACGGCAAGGAGGUCUUGUGCCGGUUGAGCAAUCUUGUGGCGUAGUUGCGCGCGUCUGGAGUUGCGUGUAAGCAGAAAGAAGACUGCCGGACUCUAAGCUGAGCCAAUAAAUCAAGCCUGCCGAGUUUCUUCUUCCGUCGCGGGCACAUGUCGUUCUCGUACACCGUCGUGACCGCAAUGGUCGGUUUGACAGCCUGGAAUCCUCGACGUAUAGCACCAUGACCACGUGGUAGACUUGCGUACGACUAGGCAGAGGCUACGACCAAGACGGUUGCCUUGCUCAAUAAUUGUCGGGCACAGGAGGUUUCAGAGAUGAGGUGCUCUCUCGAGACUGGUCCAUCUGGAUUUCAAUCGAAAUGAGCUGUAGCAGGACAGCGAACUCGGAUGAUAUCAAACUAGCAGAAGUUUGAGUUGUCAUUUGAGUCAUCACACCCCCCAAUCAAUCACUUCUACCAGGAUGUAGGUUGGAGUAUGCAAG